AUGAGGAAUAAGGUUAUAAAAAUUAAAGAUGAAAAUGGUGAUUGGGUGGAGAACCCCAGUCGGGUCCGAAUGCUGGUAGAUGAGCAUUUUAUCAACACUUUCAGGUCUGGAGGGAGUCAGAACUGGGGGACAAUACUUGACAGCUUAACCUCGAUUGUGACAGAGGAGAUGAAUGCAACGUUUACAACACCGGUCUUGGAGGAGAAGAUAAAGGAUGCAGCACUACAAAUAGAGGGAGGGGAGGGCUCAAAGCUCCAGGUCCGGACAGAUUUUAGGAGGGUGGAAUGGGACUUCCUAGAUGCAGUCAUGGAGAAGAUGAGGUUUAGUGUUAUGUGGAGGAAGUUAAUCAUGGGUUAUGUGACUUCGGUGAAUUUCGUCGUUAUCCUCAACAGGCAACCAGGAAACAAGUUCGCUCCAUCACGGGGUCUUCGACAAGGAGACCCUCUAUCAUCGUAUCUAUUUCUCUUGGUGGUUGAGGUUCUAUCUAGGAUGAUACAAAGGGCUAUUGAAAAUAGGCUUUUGGAGGAGGUGAAAAUGAGUGCUUCGGGGCCGGUCAUCUUCCACAUCUUUUUUGCUAAUGACACGUUAACCUUCUUGAAGGCGGAUAAGAAGAAUUGCAGAAAUUUGGUAAAACUCCUUAAGGAAUAUUGCGCGGCCUCGGGACAGAAAGUUAAUGUACAGAAAUCUAGUGUCUUUUUCAGGGCCAACGUUCCAUCGAAUAUGUCCACUGAGUUGGGUAAGAUUAUGGGCAUGCCAGUGGUGGAGAACCCAGACACUUAUCUGGGGGGUACCUGGGUUCGUUUGAAGAAAUAG